AACAGGCAGUGCGGAGGCCGUUCCGGGUGAGGUGCUAAGGACCGCAAUCAUGGUGCGCAAGUUGAAGUUCCACGAGCAGAAGCUGCUGAAGAAGGUGGACUUCAUCUCCUGGGAGGUGGACGGGAAUCUGAAAGAGCUGAAGGUGCUCCGGCAAUAUCGCAUCCAGCGGAGGGAGGACUACACCAUGUACAAUAAACUGAGCAGAGAAGUUCGUGAAUUGGCACGCAAGAUCCGAGACCUGGAUGCGAAAGACGCCUUCCGAGCCAAAAGCACUGGACAGUUGCUGGAAAAGCUAUAUUCAUUAGGCUUGAUCCCCACAAAGCAGGGUCUACACCUCUGUGAGAAAGUUUCAGCAUCAUCAUUCUGCAGGAGACGUCUCCCCACAAUAAUGGUAAAGCUGCGUAUGGCUCAAAACCUGAGAACAGCAAUUACUUUCAUUGAGCAAGGACAUAUACGAAUUGGACCAGAAGUUGUAACUGAUCCAGCUUUCUUAGUGACAAGAAAUAUGGAAGACUUCAUAACUUGGGUGGACUCUUCAAAGAUCAAACGACAUGUAAUGGAAUAUAAUGAAGAGAGAGAUGACUUUGACCUGGUUGUCUAGCUGAACUUCCUUUGCCCUGACUUCCCUCUGCAUUACUUUAAGAGAAGUGAAUCCAGCCCUUGUGACACAACCAGAUCCAGUUGCUACCAUUGACAAGAGCUAGUGAUAGGAGCUUGUAUCAUGAACUGUUGGCUAAUUCUGUUGUACACCUCCCACAAUAAGUGUUUGUUUCAUCUUUAAAAUAUUCUGGGCAUUGUAAUAUAUUUUAUUAAACUAUUCUGACUUCACAAUUAUCUUCUCAUUAAUGAAUUAAUUGCAUUAAACAAGUUUAUAGUGGUGACAUUAUUUGCAUCAGAACAGAUUCAUCUGAUCAUGGAAUGGAUCCUGGAAGAGUAAGCGGUUCCUAAAAUAACCAUUCCCUGAUUGAAAUGGUAUGGAGUCUGAAUAUAAUUUGACCAUUAUCUACAUGCUGGUCCCAUGCAGGUACUUGUGUUUUUUGACAGUGACAGUAGGUACAUUUUUAUCUUCCACACGAGAACGUCUACGGAUUCUGGAAACCCACAGCAGCGCGCACAAAAUGCUGGAGGAGUUCGGCAGGUCAGGCAGCAUCUAUGGAAAUGAAUAAACAUUUGACUUCUCAGGCUGAGGCCUCUCUUCAGAACCCAUGGGCUUUAUCUUCUGUUUAUUAGUCUGGUAUGGUUCUGAUAGCUUGAAAUAAGUGGCAUGUGAAGGCUAGAUGUUCUCUAAAACUCUGUUUCCAUUAUCAGUUCAUAUACUCCCUUAUAAAACAUCAUCAUCAACAAUUGUCAUCAGGCUAGGCCAGCCUGCCUCGAGGCAGGAAAUUCUGUUUGAAGUGCAUAUGCCCAGCUAAUGAGACAAGGCUAAGUGGGUGCCACUGUUAUUGUCACGCAAACAACUGGAAUUCUGCAGAUGCUGGAAAUUCAAGCAACACACAUAA